AUGUCGACCGUUCAGACCCCACCCAACCAGGAAACGGGGUCAGUAGUAAGAGGCCAUAAUGGCGAGACUUCAGGGGAGGUCACAGGUAAUGGGACAUUAAGCAACGAUAAUAAUGAUCGAGAUGAUCAAGUUGAUGCAACCCAAGUCCAGACCUCUUCUCAUUCUCAGGGCAACAAUAACACAUCGAGAGGAUCACAGCCUCAACGCGCACAGAAGCCCAAGUCUAAACGGGGCAAGUACAUCUCCAAAGCUUGCAAUGAAUGUAAAAGACGUAAAAGCAAAUGCAAUGGGCAGAACCCAUGCGCGCGAUGUGUCCAGCAUUCUCUCAACUGCAUUUAUGCACCCUCCACCUCGACAAGCCAGUCAGAUUCGUCCACCAAGGUUAUUAGAUCGUUAAGUCAGCAGGUUGCCCAGCUCCAAGACAACCUUCAAGAGUUGCGAAAGGACCGCCGUACCAGCGUUGUAACAGUCGUGAGCCCCGGACAAGGGCUAGAGUCCGCGUCACAGGCCUUUGUGGGACGACCGCUUUCGCGUCAUGCACUGUCGACAGCUGCUCAGGAGGACCAAACUGAUCUGGCAAUACAUGCACAUACGACACCUCCGACAAUCACGCCGUCAUCGACUGGUCAGCCACGCCAACCCACCGUCAACUAUACCUUCAACCUGAAGCUCGCCAGACAGCAUCUUGAAGCCCAAGGCUCCAGGGCUGGGGAUUCUGAGUCUUGCGACCAUGCCAAUAUAUCCGAACCGCUCCUAGAUGGACCCCUAAUAGCGCCUGACUCAUGGAACUUCACCAAGUCAACCAUUGAUCCGCUCUGGCUCAUCGACAAACAGGAAGCCUUGCGGUUAUGUCACGUUUACGAAGAAGAAAUCGGAAACUCGUAUCCCUUCUUGACACUAUCAGGGCUGGUCGAUAACGCACACAAGCUUUAUGAUGCCAUGGAAGCUGGUUCUCGAUCUGGGUUCGCCUUUGCUUCACUUCCUGGACCGCCACUUAUUACUGCUGACGAAAUUGACAUCUUGCGACUUGCCCUCUCAUCGGCACUGACUAUUGAAACAAGUGGUUCAAGUGGACUUGGCAAUGCCUUGUUUGCCAAAGCGCAAGAAAGGAUCUCAAGUAAAAUUUGGGAGUCUCCAUCGCUUCAAUCAAUACACCUUUUCACUUUAAUGGAAGGUCAAACUACCGCCAUCCAUUCUUUUCUCGCCGGUGACGAUCUCCAGGCAUGGCGACUUAUCGGAAUUCCUGCGCGCUCAUGUCUCGAACUUGGGCUACAUCAAGCAACCACGUAUACUAACAUGUUCAAGGAGCCUUUCGAAAGAAAAAUGGCCAUUAGAAUGUUUUGGAGUGUACAUACACUAGACAGACGAUGGAGCUUUGGUGCUGGGCUUCCGUUUAUCAUCCAAAGCAAUGACAUCGAUUCAAACAUCCCGUGGCCAGAUGACGAGGUCCCCUAUCUUCACGCCAUGGUAGCGUAUAACCGGAUUGGCGCCAAAGUUUGGGCGACACUCUACAACGCGGGUAGCACAGCAUCCAACGUCCCCAGAGACGAGAUUGAGUUUCUCCAUUACAGCGUGGAGCGUUGGUACAAAGAGAUACCCGCAAUACUUAAACUCCCUGAAGAUGGAGCCCCUGCUCUCGGUCGAGGGCAUCAUCGCUUACAGAUCCUUCUAUAUCUGAGAGCUUGUCAGAUGAAGAUCCUUUUACACCAAUCCGCGCUGCAUGCUGUUCCUCGACCCGCAAGGGAUACCUCGCAGGUCAAAAUGCUGGUCAGCAUCGCAAAGGACAUGAUUCAGAAGCUUCAUCAUCUUAACCAAACUACUGAUAUCUAUCAAACACAACAAGUUUGUUUUAAUCACUUUCUGAUAUCUGCUCUUGGUGUUAUCUUCUUGGCCGUUGCUCUCGAGCCUACUGUGUAUCGAGAUACCGUACGACAGGAGUUCAAUACAGCUCUCGAUCUGGUCCGGGGCUUCAGCAAGAGGUCGUAUGUCUCAAGACGUCUGUGGAAGAUGAUCCGCGGUUUACAACAAGCGGGUGUUCGGCUCGGUAUUUCCGCACCAAAUCAAGAGGGACGUACGGCUCAAGCUACGCCCCAGCCCACCCCUCGUCACACAGGCCGUAUGCCCAGUCCUAUUAUACUCGCUACUCCGAAUACAUCAAGGGAGUCACCUCAACCCAGUGAGGCCUGGCUCAACAACGGCAUCAUGCCUGAUAGAGCUGGUGGCUUUGGCAUUCUCGAUGGAAUGGAGAUGACUCUCAGCCUCGAUGAUUUUCUUACUGCUGCUGAGAAUGACGAUGGUCUAUGGGGCACUUCGCUUAGUCCUGGGACAAGCGAUGCAUUGGUGCAAGGUACUUUAAACCCAAGUAUAGACCUUGCCAAACUGGAUUUUAGCCAGAUGCUAGAUAGCUUCCUGUGA